UCCUAGUCGUGGCUGGUCUGCGAUCGUUGAGUGUGGCUUAGGGCUUUUAAAGAAGUGUACCGUUAAAAUAAAAAAUAUUUCUACCGCAACGAAUAACAGCUCGACACAAAAACAACGUAAAGUAACAGUUUUGCGGCAAUUAAAUCUAAAAUGGCGUUUUUGAAAAUUUGCCUAUUCGCCAUUGUUGUUGGCACCACCCUCGCACAACGUAACAAUUUCCGUACCGGCCCGGGACAUCCAACAUCACAGCGCCAUCUGCCUAAGAGACCAACAGAUCCGCCACCAUCAGAGGAGGAUUACGAGCCGACAGACCAAUGUCCGGAAGCGAAUGGUUUCUUCCCCGAUUUGGAGCAGUGCGAUAAAUACUAUUCGUGCUUUGAGGGUAAACCGACUGAACGCCUCUGUGCUGAUGGCAUGGUCUUCAACGAUUACAGUGCUUCGGAGGAAAAAUGCGAUCUGCCAUAUAACAUUGAUUGCAGUAAGCGUUCGAAAUUACAACCACCACAACCCUCUCAGCACUGCCCACGCAAAAACGGCUACUUCGGACACGAGGCAAAGGGCAUUUGCGAUAAAUUCUACUACUGUGUCGAUGGCCAAUUCAAUAUGAUCACCUGCCCGGUGGGUUUGGUCUUCAACCCCAAGACCGGCAUUUGCACAUGGCCCGAUGAGGUUGGCGUGAAGGGUUGCAAUUCACAAGACAUCUUCGAAUUCGAAUGCCCUAAAGUGAAUGAGUCCGUAGCGGUCACACAUCCACGUUAUGCCGAUCCCGAUGACUGUCAAUACUUCUAUGUCUGUGUGAAUGGUGAGAUACCACGACGCAAUGGCUGCAAGCUGGGUCAAGUGUUUGAUGAUGAUAAGAAGCAUUGCGACUGGUCACGUAAUGUGCCUGAAUGCGCUGAUUGGUACAAGGAUCGUUUGACUGAUGCCGAAUUGGAUGAGUUGGAGAAUCCCAAACCGAAAACUAAGAAACCCCUACGCACACGCGGUCCAUCACGACGAAAACCCGCCAAGGCGGCGGCGUCUCAAGUUGAGGAGGAUAUCGACGAGGAGUAGUGUGGGCAGAGCGGCAGACGUGCGUCCGCUACGCACAUAGCUUUAAGUACUUUUUGUUUAUUUUUCUCUUUUUUCUGUGUUUUUGCCUUGCUAUUGUUCGUCGAAAUUCUCAAAUAAAAGCGCCUCAGCGUAAUUCUA